CUGAUAGUGAUUACUAGUUUUACUUUUUUCCCUUUGGUUGACUUGACCAAACCAGACUAAACUCGUAAGAAAUCGGUAAGGUGCACGCCGCACGAGUCAUAACUCGCCGUCGGAGUUCAGCCGUCUGGAGAUCACGACCGUUCAUUUAAGUACUGUUUACUGUGAAUAUUUCUGAAGGGAGCCAUCCGCGGAGAAUCGUCAGGCCGAGGGCGAUGACGACAUAGGAAUAAAAAACGAAACAAAAGCCUCACGUUUUGAUGUAUGAGUCGUCAUACAUAGAGAUGAAUAUUCCAAUCCAAUUCAAUGGCGGCCUCGAUCCGAUCGAGUCUCACCCGUAAUCCAAUUAGGCACAUCCCUUCUCUUAUUGGAUCCUGUUCCCUUCACGGAAAUUAAAACCCUAACUCGAGCUUGUUUGUGAUUCGACUCACCCGGUUACGCAGCUCUAUCUCCUCUUGGCCAUGCGACUCUGGUUCUCGGUGAUCGGCCUCUCGAGGGAGGACUCCUUGGUUGCAUUCUAUCGCGCUCCAGAUUCUGCUUGUUCUUUGAUUUCUUAUUCUGCUUGUAGAGAUGUCCAACAAUUCUCAUGUCCCUAAUGCUAGGGGUCUUCUUUGCAAUGCAGGUGCCGGUGCCGCUGCAGGAGUUAUUGCUGCAACGUUUGUAUGUCCCUUGGAUGUUAUAAAGACUAGGCUUCAAGUCCAUGGGCUUCCCAAGCUUGAUGCAGCGCAUUCAAAUGUUAGAGGCAGUCUAAUAAUUGGUAGUUUAAAGCAAAUAUUUCGAAAGGAGGGACUUCGUGGAAUGUACCGUGGGCUCUCUCCCACUGUUUUGGCAUUACUUCCGAAUUGGGCGGUUUAUUUCACAAUGUAUGAGCAACUUAAAAGCUUUCUUUGUUCAGAUGAUGAGAAUCAUCAUCUUAGCAUUGGUGCAAAUAUGAUAGCUGCUUCUGGUGCUGGAGCUGCCACCACAAUUGCGACAAAUCCUCUUUGGGUUGUGAAAACAAGAUUACAAACACAAGGAAUGAGAACAGGUGUGGUUCCAUAUAGGAGUACACUUUCUGCUUUGAGGUGAAUUGCUCAUGAGGAGGGUAUUCGUGGCCUGUACAGUGGUCUUGUCCCUGCAUUGGCUGGUAUCAGUCACGUGGCUAUUCAAUUUCCAACAUAUGAGAAGAUCAAAAUAUAUUUGGCUAGUCAAGAGAAUACCACGAUGGAUAAACUCAGUGCACGCGACGUUGCCGUCGCCUCAUCUGUCUCAAAAAUAUUUGCCUCCACGUUAACAUAUCCACAUGAGGUGGUACGCUCAAGACUUCAAGAACAAGGUCAUCACACGGAAAAGCGUUACACUGGUGUGAUCGAUUGUGUAAAAAAAGUGUUCCAGCAAGAGGGACUUGCAGGUUUCUAUCGAGGGUGUGCUACCAACCUUCUCAGAACCACCCCAGCGGCUGUUAUUACUUUCACCAGCUUUGAGAUGAUUCACCGGUUUCUUGUUACUCUUUUCCCUCCUGAUCAACACACUCAUGCACUGUGAGAUGAAUGCAUCGAGUUCUUAUGAAAUCUUGUACUAGCAUCAAAUACAACCACAGCAGCGGAAAAAAGGCCAGCCUCAAGUCCUCGUGGUGAUACAGAUUCUUUUGUUAGUUCUGAUAGCUCAUAGCUCUAGCAACAUUCAGAAUACACUCUAGCAACAUUCAGAAUACAACUUGGCUCUCAUAAAGUCGUGCAACAAGUACUUAAAACUGGGCUCCGACCAUUGGAACUCUCCAAUAAUGGGGAUUGCCAGGUUGAUACUGUGUUUAAAUUAUUCAUUGUAAACUUUUGAGUUGCUACAUUGCUGUUUAGCUUUGGCGCCAGGAUUCUAGUGUUUUAUUAUUUUUUUUAUAAUAAAGAGUCUACUACGUGUAACAGAUCUUCAUCAGGGGCUGUGAUUGCUGCCAGUUGCUUUUUUGGUUGAAGGUGUAUUAUACUACCUGGCAGAUAAUAAGAUUAGAACAAAA